GGAGUCGCCUUUUGUGCAGGAGCUGUCGACUGGCGUCUACAACACUCCAGCGAAUAUCCCUGUGUCGACAGAGGCGAGGCUCUCGCCAAACCUGACAUUGCCCGGAAUAAACCCAUCGAGACAUUCAACUCCAACCUUGCACCACAAUCGUCAUCCGAGUGGAGGGCCUACGACAAACCCUAGUUCCCAGGCGUCGAGUCCUAGCACACCCCAUUCAACUUAUAGCUCUUUUGCACAGUCAUCUCCAUCGAUGACGCCUGGAUUACUACAACCGCCAGGACAGACCCAAUUAGACUCGCAGACACCGUUGAUUGCUAUGGACUCUCUGAGCCGUACACCGAGUCGGAUGGGCAGCUCGCGGUAUGGUGAUGAUCAGGUGUCUUUACCAGGGCCGCCAGAGAUGCUUAGCCAGAAUGGCCCUAUGAUUCCUGUGACAAUUGAUCUCAAAUCAGGAUCGAGAAGCCAGGCCGAGAAACGGAAGGCUAAUAGCGAUGCAUCACGAAGAUUUCGCAACCGCAAAAAGAACGAGGCGGUGCUUGAACAGAGGAUUUCACAGUUGAUGGAGCAGCUGCAGUCCGUAACGGAACAGCGAGACUUCUAUCGCUCAGAAAGAGACUUUUUCAGGGAUAAUCUUGGCCGCCACGUGGGUUCAGGACAGAUCCCUCCUCGUCCAGCAUCUCCGCGCAACUACCGUGCCGGUCUGGGACAGACUGGAGGCAACACCAUCAAAAUGGAGCGCAUGUCAAAGAGCGCCGGUGCCAGCCCUUCACUGGUUCCGUUACAGACGCAGCCUCCAUCACUGCCGAUGCCCUUGCCCCAAUCUGCUCAAAACUCACCUUAUGCAUCGCCCACAGUUAGCCAGCAUCGGUCUUAUUCAAGUGCCUGGCCCUCGGGUCCUGGAGCGAGUGGUGAAAGUGGAGCGUCGGCUCAUGGCCAAUACAGACCUGCAGACAUUGGUUAUGUCAACACUUGGAGCCGUCCAUGAGUGAAAAUGGACGGAUUCUAAUACUUCCUUCUAGAUUGAUAAUUUUUCUUGCAUAUGUUUAAUACUUUUUCCUACCGCAUUUGAAGGCGUUGCGGUUUGACUUGUACAUUCUUUUCAGUCGAUACAGCGUAUCUAUGGAAGAUACGCGAUUUCCUUACAGGGUCUUGUUCACUCGUUAUUUUGAAAGGGUUGAAGCGAUCGUUUUGAAGCGACUAAGUUGAUGUACUACUAGUCUAUGGCGUCUGUUGAGGAAUUGAUUUGGGAGGUGUCUGGGUUGGACUGGACUGGAGACUGGGAAUUUGAGGAAUACACUGGACCACACCGCGCGAGCGGUAUGUAGAGCAACAAGAAUAGAAAUAUUGCACUGAUAA